CCGGCGGCGCUUGUUGUUCAGCGGCGGCGGCCGAGCUCGGGUGCAGCCUCGGGCCCGCCGCCGCCGGUGCGCGCGGCCAUGGAGCUGGAGGUUCCGGACGAGGCAGAGAGCGCCGAGGCUGGAGCCGUGACGGCGGAGGCGGCCUGGGCGGCGGAGAGCGGAGCGGCCGCAGGUCUGGCUCAGAAGAAGACGGCCCUGACUGAGGCCCCGUCGGUGACUGGACAGCCCGGCCCUGGCCAUGGGAAGAAGCUAGGCCACCGAGGCGUGGACGCAUCCGGCGAGACCACCUACAAAAAGACAACCUCAUCCACCCUGAAGGGUGCCAUCCAGCUGGGCAUCGGCUACACCGUGGGCAACCUGAGCUCCAAGCCUGAACGUGAUGUGCUCAUGCAGGACUUCUACGUGGUGGAGAGUAUCUUCUUCCCCAGUGAAGGCAGCAACCUCACCCCUGCCCACCACUUCCAGGACUUCCGGUUCAAGACUUAUGCCCCUGUCGCUUUCCGCUACUUCCGGGAGCUCUUUGGGAUCCGGCCAGAUGAUUACUUGUACUCUCUGUGCAAUGAGCCACUGAUUGAACUGUCCAAUCCGGGUGCCAGCGGCUCGCUGUUCUACGUCACCAGCGACGACGAGUUCAUCAUCAAGACGGUCAUGCACAAGGAGGCCGAGUUCCUGCAGAAGCUACUGCCCGGCUACUACAUGAACCUGAACCAGAACCCACGCACGCUGCUGCCCAAGUUCUACGGGCUGUACUGCGUGCAGUCAGGUGGCAAGAACAUCCGAGUGGUGGUCAUGAACAACGUGCUGCCACGCGUGGUCAAGAUGCACCUCAAGUUCGACCUCAAGGGCUCCACGUACAAGCGGCGGGCCAGCAAGAAGGAGAAGGAGAAGAGCAUGCCCACCUACAAGGACCUGGACUUCAUGCAGGACAUGCCUGAGGGGCUGUUGCUGGACGCUGACACCUUCAGCGCCCUGGUCAAGACCCUGCAGCGAGACUGCUUGGUGCUGGAAAGCUUCAAGAUCAUGGACUACAGCCUGUUGCUUGGCGUCCACAACAUUGACCAGCAAGAGCGAGAGCGGCAAGCGGAGGGCGCCCAGAGCACCUCGGAUGAGAAGCGGCCCGUAGGCCAGAAGGCGCUCUACUCCACCGCCAUGGAGUCCAUCCAGGGCGGGGCUGCCCGAGGGGAAGCCAUCGAGACGGAUGACACAAUGGGAGGGAUCCCCGCCGUGAACGGGCGUGGGGAGCGGCUGCUGCUGCACAUCGGCAUCAUCGACAUCUUGCAGUCUUACAGGUUCAUCAAGAAGCUGGAGCACACAUGGAAGGCCCUGGUCCACGACGGGGACACGGUCUCCGUCCACCGCCCCAGCUUCUACGCUGAGCGAUUUUUCAAGUUCAUGAGUAACACGGUCUUUCGGAAGAAUUCCUCCCUCAAGUCCUCCCCUUCUAAGAAGGGGCGCGGCGCCUUGCUGGCUGUGAAGCCCCUGGGGCCCACGGCCGCCUUCUCAGCCAGCCAGAUCCCCAGCGAGCGGGAGGAGGCCCAGUACGACCUUCGAGGGGCCCGCAGCUACCCCACGCUGGAAGACGAAGGCCGGCCAGACCUCCUGCCCUGCACCCCGCCUUCUUUUGAGGAAGCCACCACCGCCUCCAUUGCCACCACCCUGUCAUCCACCUCCCUCUCCAUUCCAGAGCGGUCGCCAUCUGAGACAUCAGAGCAGCCGCGGUACAGGCGACGCACACAGUCCUCAGGACAGGAUGGCCGGCCCCAGGAGGAGCCGCGUGCAGACGAGGAUCUGCAGCAGAUCACUGUGCAGGUGGAGCUCGCAUGCAAUGUGGAGAUUGUGGUCCCCAAGGAGGAGGACGCGGGGGUGGAGGCUGCCCCGGCCGGAGCAUCUGCCGUCACUGUGGACGUGGACACGGCCAGCCAGGCUUCGGAGCCCGCCAGCCAGGCCUCCGACGAGGAGGACGCGCCCGCCACCGACAUCUACUUUUUCGCCGAUGGGAGGUACUGGAUUUUCUCUCCCCGUCAUCGCCGACUGCGGGCCAUGACGCCAAGCGCCUCGGCCACUCCCACGGAUGAGAGGAGCUGGGUGUACUCCCCGCUUCACUAUUGCGCGCAGGGGCAGCCCGCCUCCGACGGCGAGAGCGACACAUAAUGUCUAUGCAGUCCCCACCCGAGCCCGGCGCCCGCCUCGCCCCGGCUGCUUCCUGGAGGCGCUGCCCGCCCGGCGGAGGCCACGUGCCCGGCGACCGGCCGCCCGGGCCACCCCUGGCCGGACCUCGUCCUCGUCCUCCCCCGAUGGAUGCUGACAGCGAGCCCGUCCCCACCGACAGUUCCAGGGACGACGGGGUCCGCCCCAGUAUCCAGGCCCGUGGAGCAGCGACCUGUGGAGCAGCAGUCGUGUAUUUAUUUGGGGUCCUUCCUUCACAGAGACGGAAGCACGCAUGUGCUUUUCUACGAAAAAUGACAGAAGACAUACACAAAAGCGCAGGAGACCCCGGGUGGGUCUCUGCUGCAUUUGCAUGUGUCCCGGCGCCCGUGCCCGGUGGCCCUGGGAAAGCCUGCCCACUCGAGUCUCACCGACCUGGGGACCUGGGCUGGGAGCACAGAGGUGGCAGACACCCGGAAGCAGCGCCUCCCUCCCUCGACUCAGGUUUGGGGGCUUCUGUGCAGGAUGGGCAUCCCCGGUGGUGGUCCUGCCCAACCCUCUGCCCCUCCCUCCCCACACCCACUUAACGCCAGGAGGGAUGCCCCACCACCCAUGUGCACUAUGGGCAAGAAUGGCCAAGACGUUAACAAUCAGACCCGCACCAGGAGGGACCUUGCGCCCGUGCCACUCCAUCUUGGUACAGCUUGGGACUGUGGGCCACGUGAUGCCCAGAAAGGACUCCAAGUAAAAUAACCUUGGGCAGGAGACCCUGGCCUCAGGACGGGUAUAGACAGCAGAGUCCUGGAGAUGACCAGGGCUGACCUUCAGCCACUCCACCCCAUGGUGGCUACCCUUGGCCACUGUCCCCAGAGCCUGGGAGUGCCCUUCCAGGCCAGGAUGGGCACAUCUGUACAGUGACCGGCACACCUCGGCAGAUGAGCAUCCAGGGCCACCGGGCCUCACCAGUCCAGAGGGCAGAGGCUGCGGCCAUCAUCACCACACAGGACUCCUGGAGGUGAAAUGGGUCACUGUCGUCAGCACUCCUCCCCUAUCCAGGAAGCCCUGGCAGGAGAAGACACACCUUCGGGAAGAAGCUUAACCUUGGGUCAGCCAGGAAUCAGGUUUUGUUCCGCUGUUGGAGGAAGUGCAGGUGUGGCUCAAGUGGUAGAGCACCAGCCUUGAGCAGAAAAGCUAGGAUAGUACUCAGGCCCUGAGUUCACACCCCAGUACUGGCGUGCACACGCAUGCACGUGUGCGCACACACAAAUUCUGUUGGAAGCUCCAAGAUGCACAGCUGUGGCCUGUCCAGCCCCUCCUGGUUCCAUCCCGACUUCGAGAAAGCCCCUAGCCUGCCCCUCCAGCCCAGCUGCUGGGACCAAGCCCACACUCCACAGUCCACCCAGGACUCCUGAGGCCAGGCUUCACAGGGCCCGAGGGGACACAGCAGGGUCCUCCCUUCCCUGCCCAGGGAGGGUUUGUCGCAACCUAGGAAGUGGCCUUGACCCUGAUUCCCAGACAGGCACCUGGUCAGCCAUGAUUGGUCUCUUGUCCAUCUGCCCUUCUACCAAAGGAGGUGGGGGUGGGGAACGCUGCGACAGAGAUCUAAAGGGGCUGUCUAAGACCUGAGUGACAAUCAAGGCUGGCUGUGUCAUGGCCACUCCUGGACCCCUGGGGGCCAGGGUCCCCACAUCCAGUUGGUCAUCAGUGAAUCCUGUGCCGUGGGGGUCACGAAGCAAGGAUGGUUCCCACUGUGGAUGUCCUGACAUUUUUUGUGUCAAGUCCUGGAGACUCCUUCGGAGACCUAUGUUUUCGUGGCCACGGUUUUUGAUCCUUUUGUGUCAAGGGACCACAUUGUUAUUUGGGAGACACGGAGUGGAAAGGCAAGACCUAUUUAUAACAUUUGGCACUCCUCACCCUUCUUUAGCCCCCAGGAGGAAGGUUCUGGACUGUUCUUCCUCCACCUAGGAAAUCUGUAAAUACCCUCAUGGCCACUUCCACCCACCCAUCCCCAUCCUUCUCCGAUGGCUGCUACCACUCCAGUCAGGGACAGUGUCCGAAAUCCUGUACUGUAAGAUCAGAGAGAAGUUUCCUUUUCUCUGAUUGACAAGGUGGAAUCUCCAGGUGUCCUCUCUGGCCUCUGUCCCUAUCCACCCCACACCUGAUUCAGUGCAAUACUUAUUCCGUCCCCCUGGGGACCCCUAGCCAUGGUACUGUCUCCACCGCCCCUUGGUCCCCCCACCCCAGGACAUAUGUCCACCGACCUUUUUUUCUCUGGUGGUUAAAAUUUGCAUCUCCCAAUCUCGUUUUUAAUGGCCGAACCAAUUCUUAAAACUGCAAACCUCGUGUGUCUUAACUCUCACUGGGGAGGGGGGGGGUCCCCCUGGUCCUCAGCCCCUGUGGUCUGGUGUGUGACAAUCCAGAGCACGGCUGCCCCUGGCUCCCACAAAGAAGCCGUGACCCCCAACCCAGAACCAUGGGCACGUCCAAUAGUUCAGCUACUGCUGGCUCCAGAAGACACAUGUAUGCAGCCCACCCACCCAUGCCACAAUCCUUUUUACGUUGAAGAGAUCUCUAAUAAAUCGGGUAUAAACAUCA